AUGCAAUUAACCUGCCGUUUUUAUAAAAAUAAACUUCCGGAAACGGAUGAACUUGUAAUGGUUUGUAUCACACAAAUCGAAGAAAUGGGUGUUGAUACUGGUCUACUUGAAUAUAAUAAUACAAAAGGUAUGAUAUUAUUAAGUGAGAUAUCCCGUCGUCGAAUUCGUUCCAUAAAUAAAUUAAUUCGUGUUGGUCGAAAAGAAGUUGCUGUUGUUCUGCGUGUUGAUGAUGAUAAAGGUUAUAUUGAUUUGUCUAAAUAUCGCGCAUCACCCGAAGAUAUUGUUAAAUGUGAAGAAAAAUUUUUUCGUGGCAAAACAGUAAAUAGUAUUCUUUAUCAUACAGCUGAAGUUACGGGAGUACAAACAAAUUUAGAAUUUGAAGAAUUAUAUGAGAAAACUGCUUGGUAUUAUGAUGAAAAGUAUGGAAAACAGGGUGCAGUUUAUGAUGUAUUUGUCCGAGCUGCAAAUAAUGAACAUGAACUUGAUGAUUGUCAAAUCGAUGAAACCACAAGGAAAGUAUUAAUUAAUAAUAUUCGUCAUCAUGUUAGUUCACAAGCUGUUAAAUAUCGAGCUGAUAUUGAAGUUGCAUGUUAUGGUUAUGAAGGUAUAGAUGCAGUUAAAGCAGCAUUAAAAGAAGGUUUAAAAGCAUCAACAGAAGAAAUGCCAAUUAAAAUUAAUCUCAUUGCUCCACCACUUUAUGCUGUAACAGCAACAUUCCGUGAUCGUACUGAAGGUAUUAAUGCGUUAAAUAAUGUAAUUCAAAAAAUCAGACAAACUAUUGAACAAUAUCGAGGAAUAUUUAAAAUUAAAAUGGAACCUACAAUGGUCACAGAUGCCAAUGAUCGUUCACCUCAAGAAAUAAUUAAAGAUACUCAAGUAUCUGAUGAUGAAAGUGAUGAUUCAGAUUCAAAUGAAGGUAAAUAG